CAACAGGCGCCGCUCGGAAUGCUGUUGUUCCGUUCCUAACGUCUGUUUGGUAACUAAAGACACGUUUAUUUCUUGAUUUAAAUUAAAAACUUUUCCGGACCCAACAGAAACGUGUACGUCGGGUUGUGUAAAAUCAUCCAGAGUAACUCUGAGGUUGUGUUUUGACUGUUAAUCCUUGUUGGAGUUAAAGUAACGAAUGUCUCUGUGAACCUGGGCAUGGACUUCACUGAGUGCUACCGAGACACGGUGUCCAGUGUGGCCGCUGCUGCUCGCUCAGGCUGCACUAGGCGGCUGAGGACGCUGAUUCAGAGAGGCUGCAGUGUGGACUGUCGGGACAACCGAGGCUGGACCCCCCUGCACGAGGCGGCGGCAGCUGGCAGCAAAGUGUGCGUCCAGGAAAUCCUGUCAGCUGUCAGAGCACGCUCCUCCAGCUGUAGUCGUGUUUAUGUGAACCAUCUGACGCAUGAGGGUGAGUCUGCCUGUUACCUGGCAGCGCAGUGUGGACACCUGUCAGUGGUCCGACUGCUCCUCAAAGCACACGCUGAUAUCAACCAGCUCACUAACGACUUGUCCUGUCCUCUUUAUGAAGCUGUUAGCCACGGGCACACAGAUGUUGUAGCACUGCUGGUAAGCAAAGGUGCUGAGGUCAACAGAAUGCACACAGAGUCCGGCUGGACCUGCCUGCACCAAGCUGCAUAUAAGGGCCACACUGAGAUCGUGCGCAUUCUUGUUAACAAAUGCAACCUGGAGGAAGUAGAUGAUUACAGGAUUUCCCCGUUAUUUGUGGCUGCACAGUACGGACAGAGGGGGUGCCUGGAAAUACUCGUUAACGCCGGUGCCAACGUGAACACGCAGGCAGUUGAUCUGAGUACACCUCUGUUCAUCGCCUCUCAGGAGGGACACCAGGCCUGUGUGGACUUCCUGUUGGACCACGGGGCUGACCCUAACAUGGUCUGCAGUCACGACUGGCCUCAGUUUGCCAUUCACGCCGCAGCCCAGUUUGGUCACAUCGGCAUCCUCAGGAGCCUCAUAGCUGUUACGGAUCAUGCGUGCGACCGUGGCGAGAGCAUGGUGAGUCCGGUGUAUGUAGCUAUUAACAGCGAUCAGACCAAGAGUGUGGAAUUGCUGUUGAAGGAAGGUUACAGCCCAGACGCCCAGGACUGCUCACACACCCAUGGCCUCCUCUCACCGCUCUCCCUGGCCUUGUAUCGCACACCCCAGAAACCUUACAGUGAGUCGGUGAAACUGCUGAUAGCUGCAGGAGCAAGGUUGAAUGAGGAAGAUUGGAUUUAUGCUUUGGCCACUGACGAAGCAGACCUGCUGCAGCUGAUAUUUGAGCACCGGUGGAUACCUCGCCCAGAGGCUGUGACCAGCGACGAAUCUGUACUGCAGCAUGAUGGGAAAACUGAGCUGAAGCUGAGAGAACUGAACGAGAUGCUCUGUGUGGCUCUAAACCAAGUACAUUUUGCUGGCUGCUGGCUUCCUCUUCUCCUGAAGGCAGGACUGGAACCAUCUUUACUGCUUCAGCCCCACAUGUUGGAAGAGGCAGACAGCCAGGUGUUAAAUUACCUCCUUGAGUUUGUAAACUGGUCGACUUUAUCUCCCCAUUUGAAACAUAUUCUGGAUCGAAGGGUGGCAGAAAAGUCCUGGGAUCCACAUCCAUGUUUCGACUCCGUCCCCUGUCUUUCCCACAUCUGCCGGCUGCAGGUCAGAGCACUGCUGGGACCAGAUAUCCUGAUGAGGACCAAUGUCGUCCAACAGCUUCCUGUCCCCAACCUGCUUCAUGAUUUCCUUAAGUUCAGGGACAUCCCAGAAGCUUCAUACCCACACGCGCCACUAUUGCCAAUUUUACAGCGAAUCGAGGAACAUCGCAAUACACACCAGCACAGACAUGUUCUAUGACCACAUCGGUGUCUUAUGUUCAAACCCAAGAAUCCAUAUUAUUCCAUUAAAUGCAAAUAUUCAA